UAGGCUGUGCUAUGAUGACAACACUGUCAAGCUGUCAGAAUACGUGGCCUGAAGGUUUACGUGAAUUCGGGCUCUUGUUUAUAUUUUUUACUUGAAUAUUUCGUGUAAAAAUUCCUUUGCAGCCGUGAAGCGGCUCCAAUCAAGAUGAUGAAUCCAAUGUACCUGCCUCCGGGGCAAAAUAAUAACGCACCAAGUAAUCCUCUAAGUUUCCCUCCCUCUCAAGAUUCUCACAAUGGUGUUCAAAAUGCCAACUAUGGUCAGACAAAUGGUCCUCCGUCCAAGCCCUAUGAUCAAAAUGACAUGUCCCAAAAAAUGCAGACUAUGAAUCUAAAUGGACCUCAAGGUUUCGGGCCGCCACCUUCUCAAUUACCUCCCGGGCAAUUACCUCCCGGGCAAUUACCUCCCGGGCAAUUCCCACCAGGAGGGAACUUUCCUCAAUCUGGCUUUGGACCUGGGCAAGUUCCUCCGGGGCAAAGACCCCCAGGGUCUUUUCCUCCUGGUCGUCCGCCAGUCAGUGGGGCUCCACCGCAGAUGCAACCUCCGAUGGGCCAGAAACCUCAAAUGCCGCCUCCGUCGUCAACCCCUGGGCCUGUGCCUACGUCUUACGCUCAAGGUUUUCAGGGUCCACCAUCAGGUCAGUCGAAUUAUCCACAAGGACCACCUAUGAGUUCGCAACCUAGUCAGCAUUCUGGGCCAUCAAUGAGCCAACAACCAUCUGGUCCUCCUGGACCACCUGGACCUCAGGGUCCAGGUCAGAUGCCUCCUCAGCAAGGGCUUCCACCGCAGCCUUCCCGACAGCCGGGAUUGCCGCCUCCUGGACAGAAACCAGGGAUGCCGCCGCUUCCUCAAGGUUUUCAGCAGUCAGGGCUUCCACAACCAGGGCUACCUCAAGGCUUGCCUCCUCAGCAGCAAGGUCUGCCUCAACCCCAAAGUGGUUUGCCUCCACAGCAAGGAGGCUUACCUCCACAACCUCAGAGUGGCUUACCUCCUCAACAAACUGGAGGUUUACCUCCUCAACCCGGCCUCAGUAGACCUGGAUUGCCGCCGCAGCCGUCUCAAGGCUUACCUCCAUCCAGCCAAGGCUUACCUCCUCAAAGUUCAUCACAACCAUUGGGAGGUUUGCCCCCGCAGCAAUUAUCUCAACCUGGUCUGCCUCCCCAACCUGGUUUACAAGGAAUGCUACCUCAAGGUUUAUCACAGCCUGGUUUACCUUCUCAACCAGGACAAUUGCCACCUCAAGGGUUAUCCCAGCCCGGUUUGCCCCCUCAACCAUAUCAAAGCCAAGGCUUCAAUCAGCCAGGGUUGCCCCCUCAGCCUGGUCAGCCGGGGCAGUAUCAGAUGCCAGGGCUGCCUCACAUGCCGCCGCCGGCCUCGCAGCAGCGGCAGUAUCAGGGCAUGCCGCCGGCACCUCAGCCGGGUUAUGGACAACAGCCUGGAUAUGCAAUGGCGCCCAUGCCCACGCAGCAGCAGCCUCAAUACCAGCCCCAAUCGGGCUACCCCCCCCAGUUCCCGGCCCAACAGCCCAGCUACCCUGGACAGCAAUAUCAACAGCCGCAGAAGCAACUCGACCCGGACCACAUGCCUAGCCCGAUUCAAGUGAUGGCGGACGACCAAGCGAACAGAGGUGGUGUGUUCGUGACCAAUGAGAAGGGCCAGGUCCCACCACUAGUCACCACAGACUUCGUGGUGGACGAUAAAGGGAACGCAAGUCCCCGCUACAUCAGGAGCUCCAUGUACAGCGUGCCCGUCACCGCUGACCUUCUGAAACAGACGUCUGUGCCUUUCUGUGUGGUUAUAUCGCCAAUGGCAGAAACAGUGGGCGCGGAACUGGAGCCCCCGCUGCUAGACUUCGCGGCGCUCACCAACUCGCCGAGCAUGGGCCCGGUGCGCUGCAGCCGCUGCAAGGCGUACAUGUGUCCCAACAUGAAGUUCAUAGACGCGGGCCGCCAUUUCAAGUGCGCCUUCUGCAAAGCUACCACCGAAGUGCCAAUGGAAUACACCCAGUACAUUAAUGGUAUGCAGCAGUACGGUAGAGUACCAGCUGAGAUGGCGCUCGGCGCUUAUGAGAUCGUCGCUACGAAGGAAUAUUGCAGGAACAACACCCUGCCCAACCCCCCGGCGAUAGUGUUCGUGAUCGACGUAUCGUACAACUCGAUCAAGAGUGGUCUUCUCGAGUGUAUCUGUGAGAACAUACUCAGCAUUAUUGAGGCAAUGCCCAAAGACGAGCAGACUGGUAAAAGUUGGACGCGCGUCGGUUUCAUCACAUACAGCUCCACUGUACACUUCUACAAUAUUAAGGGUUCCCUAGCCCAACCGCAAAUGUUAUCUGUCGGCGACGUGUCGGAUAUGUUCGUGCCGCUGCUGGAGGGGUUCCUCUCGCUCCCCGAAGAGAGUGGUUCCGUACUGACGUCACUGCUUCAACAACUGCCUGCCAUGUUCCAGGGGAAUAAGGAGACUGAAACUAUUUUGUUGCCCGCUGUACAGGCUGGCCUAGAAGCCCUGAAGGCGGCAGACACCGCCGGCCAACUGCUGGUGUUCCACACGACACUACCGACUUACAACGCUCCAGGCAAGCUGGUCAACAGGGAGGAGAGGAAGCUGCUGGGCACCGACAAGGAGAAACAGAUUCUUGCGCCGCAAUCGACAGCAUACAACGAACUCGGGCAGUCGUGUUCGGCGGCCGGCGUCAGCGUGGAGCUGUUCGUGUGCAACAACUCGUACGUGGACGCGGCCACCAUCGGCCAGCUGCCGCGGCUCACCGGCGGACAGCUGCACAAGUACACUUACUUCACGGCGGAUGUGGACGGGCCGCGACUGGUGCAGGACGUGUCGCGCGUCGUGUCGCGGCCGAGCGCGCACGACGCCGUCAUGCGCGUGCGCUGCUCCACCGGCGUGCGCGCCACCGACUUCUUCGGACACUUCUUCAUGAGCAACACCACUGACGUCGAGCUGGCCGCCAUUGACUCCGACAAAGCUAUCGGCAUAGAGAUCAAGCACGACGACAAACUGACAAAUGAGGAUGGCGUUUACAUCCAAGCGGCGUUGCUGUACACAGCGCGCAGCGGCCAGCGGCGGCUGCGGGUGCUGAACCUCGCGCUGAACGUGGCGCAGCAGCUGGCCGAUGUGUACAGGAGCGUUGAACUCGAUACGUGCGUUAACUUCCUCACGAAGCAAGCCGUAUGGGUGCUGCGGGAGUCCACCCCGCGUGCGGUCAGAGAAGGGCUAACGUCGCGCUGCGCGCGGUCGCUGGCGUGCUAUCGCCGACACUGCGCCUCGCCGUCCUCCGCCGGCCAGCUGGUGCUGCCGGAGUCCAUGAAGCUGCUGCCGCUCUACACCAACUGCCUGCUGAGGUCCGACGCCGUAGCCGGAGGCCCCGAGCUGACGUGCGACGACCGGUCGUGCGCCAUGUACCGCGCGCUGACGGCAGACGUGGCCGCGUCCGCCGCGCACACGUACCCGCGGCUGCUGCCGCUGCUGUCGCGCGCGGACGCGGCGCCGCUCAGAGCUAGCGUCGACAAGAUGAGCGACCGGGGCGUGUAUCUGCUGGAAAACGGUGUCCACAUGUUGCUAUGGGUGGGCGCGCAGGCGCCCGCGGAGUUUGUCCGCGACGUCUUCGGCGUGUCGUCACCCCAACAGAUAGACACGCAAGUGUGUGAGCUGCCGGAGUUGGACAACGCUAACAGCGCCAGAGUGAGAGGGUUGGUGGACGAAAUCAGAGUGAAGAGGCGCUCUGCUAUGAGGUUGGAAAUAGUCCACCAAUAUGACAAGAGUGAGCGGCCGUUCCGGCGCCAUCUUGUUGAAGACAGAGCGUUGGACGGCAGCGAAUCCUACCUCGAAUACCUCAUGAGCAUGCAUAAGGCCGUCCAGAAAUUAGUUUAACAUUAAUGCGCCAACACGACAAACUUGAAACGGUGCUACGUCAUUUCUUAGUGGAAGAUCGCGGUGUCGACGGCAGCGCCUCAUACGUUGAUUUCCUGUGCCACAUUCACAAAGAGGUCAGAGCGCUUCUAUAGCAUCUGUAUGGAGCCUAUUAAAUAUGCAAAAAAAAACGCAUAUUUGGAUCAUAAAUUCGUUACAAUCGGACUCGUAACUUUGCGCGUAUCCUGCGCGUAUCGUGUUAAUUCUUAGUCUGGGAUCUUGGUGUGAAUUACUGUGCUUCGUGUUGAUUAUAUGACAGAUUUAUUUUAGACAGUUAUUGUUAAAUAUUCGAACUUAUAUGAGAAUCUGUACGGCGCGUAAUGAAAACAUCAUGAUGUUUUAUAAAAUGCUUGUUUUCGGAUCUUAUCGUUUCGUUACAAUUUUGUGUUAACAGUCUAAGAUCUUGAUGUGGAUUAUAGUGCCUCAAAAUUAAAUUGCUAAAUUCAAGGAAGUUCGGGCGAUAAUAAAGACAUCGUCGACAUAGACAAAUAGUCUAAUAAAAUACUUAUAUUUGAGACAUUUUUUGCGAAGAUCUUGCGUCAUAUUGUCCAUAGAUUUGUCAUGUUUUAUGUAGAACAAUAAUUUUAAUAUUAUAAAAUUAUUGUUCUACAUAAAUUUUAAAUUAAUUUAAUUACAAUAAAUUUUGAGAAUCUAAGUACCCUAUACCUUCCUUAUAUAUGUGGCUAUUUUAUACAAAAAGAAUUUUCAAAUCAUAUAGUCAUAUUGUCCAUAGAUUUGUCAUGUUUUAUGUAGAACAAUAAUUUGAAUAUUAUAAAAUUUGCAAUCUACAUUCACGAAAUAAUUUAAUUAAAAGGAACGCUGUAUGUAAUCAACUUUAUAUAUCCUACAUAACCUACUAUCUAAGAACGCGACAAAAUAUGUGUUUAUAUCAACCAUAGAUUGAGAACUCACGAGCCUUAUUAGAGGAAUGUCAAAUUGACAUCUCGCGUUCAGCCAACCACGAAAAAGGAUUUUUUUAACUCUUUCGUGAUUGGCCAAAAAAAAAUUGGCAAGCGAGAAACGUCAAAAAUUAAAAAUGUCGUAGCAAAGUUGUAAAAUAUAUAUCAUAUCCAAAAUACUUGUGUAUUUUUGGGAGCUGUUAUAAUGUAUGUUUAAAAAAUUAGGUUAUUUUUGUCUGGUCGGAUUUUGUUUUGGUUUUUAAUUAUAAAAACACCAUGUUAAAAUUUCCGACGUUAAUUUACUAUCCAUAGUUAAUCGGUCCAGAUAUAUGCUAUAUUCAUGAAAUAUAAAUGAGAUAUUAAUAGUGGGAGAAAUAAAUGUAACAAAAACUAUGUUUUUAUUCAUUGAAAACAAUGUUUUUGUUCACAUCAACAAAUAAAGUUUAUAUCUGAAUAGGUCUUUAGCUAGGUUAAUGUUAACGUUAAAUUUUGAGCUGCCAACUGAAAUAAAAUAGUGCCUAAUGGAAGUUUAUGUAACUAGAAGUAUUUAUAGAUGACUCUGAGCUCCGACACGUAACGGCUUAGGAAGCAACCUGAAGGAUGCGCACAGAUGAAAGAUAUCUAGUGUUGUUGUAUACGCGCAUGUACUUUUUCUGCAGCAAAAAUGAAUAUUGUAAUAUAGUGCAUCGAGAUUUUAUUGUAACAUUGCUAUGAUUAUACUGAACUACUUAAUUAAUUAAAUGUACAAACAGUGAUACUGUUGAAAUGCACAUACAGGUAUUAAAUGCGCACACGCACGGUUUUAGCCCAAACCUGCACCCGUGUUAUAAUUCUAGUGAGGAAAUCAUACGUGCACUUUCAAUACCUGUAGAUAUUCAAAUAUCAUUUUAUCAAAUAACAGGCAAUAUUUACUAUAAUGGUUGAAUGUAAUAUAGAAUAUUAAAUUAGAAAUGUUAUGCAAUAAAUUUGUUUUAGGAAUGUACAGAACAAACUGUCCACAUUCUCCAUGUGGUAUGGCACUAUCGAUAAAACAAAUACGCAAUGUUCUGCAAAUUCAUCGAUUUUUGUUCUUUUUCAGGUCAAUAGCUACCUAGCUAUUGACCCGAAAAUAUCGUAUAAAAUAUCUUGUUUGAUUUUUUAAAAUACUUAUAUACAUCUACUUUCUCCUCGUAAAAUAAUAAAUUGUAAAAAUGGAUGGUGUCGUACCACACGGGCUAGUGGGACAUCUGUAAAACUGUGUUUAAGAUAAUUUUAAUGAUAAUCCAUAUAAAUUAUUAUUAUUCUUUUAGGGAACGAUAUUUUUAAUUUUGCAAUAAAUCUUCCAUACGAUAAUUAUUCAUAAAUCUUACUAUUAGCUCAGUGUGAAGUUUAUUUUAAACUAUCGUAGAAAUUUUGAGAAUCUAAGUACCCUAUACCUUCCUUAUAUAUGUGGCUAUUUUAUACAAAAAUAAUUUUCAAAUCGGUCUAGUAUCUGAAAUUAGCACGUUAAAACCAUUUAGCUUUAUUCAAGUAUAGAACAUUUUUGGAAUAUGAAUAACUAAUAUACAAAAAUGGAAUGAUGAAUUUCUGAUCAUGAAAACUAUUCGGCUUAACAGUUCAGAAUUGACGUAGGUUUAUUGUCGUUGUUAAAUUGUAAAAAUGUAAUAUUUCGGUGGUUAUUAUUACGUAGGUAUUCUUUUCUACAUCGUUAAAUUGCUUUUAAAGUUAAAUUAUAACCAAAAUGUAUUACUACGAAUUGUUUUAAGUUAAACACGAGAUCUGGGCGUAUACAUAGACAAAAGGCAUCUAAUGUAUUCAAAUUUGUUCUGUCCUGUCUGUCAUUCACAUUAUCAAAACACAACAUCACUAUUGUUCCUGUAUAAUUUUUUAUUUACCUAUUUGUCAUACUUUGCUUAUAUUGUUUAUUUUAUUUGUUUGUUCCAACCAAUUACUUACAAUGCAUGAAGAAAUAUGCAAUUCCAAAGAGUUCUCGUGGUUCGCUGCGUACCAAAGUGAUACGCAGCUAACCAAUCACAUUUCUUAUCACACCAAUGACACUGCGGUGUGGUUGUCGUUCCGUCACAAGGCGCACUGUGAUUGGUUAGCCGCGUCUCACUGCGAAUCGACCCGAUGGUAUAACAGUUUCAGUACGCACACAGCUUGUUCAAGAGUUAAACGUGGCUCAUUCAUUUGUUUCCCUGUACAGAACUUUGUACACAAAAAAAUAUUGUUAUUUUGUAAUUUCUAUCAUCGGCUAUUUUAGUGUCCCCAGAUUGGCACCGGCUUUCUUUAUGAUUUUAUAAUGACCCACCACGCGGGUCUUUAAAUUAAAUGUUAGGUGAAGGUUUAACUUUAAAAUAUUGUAAUAUAUUUGCGUUUAUAAGGAAACAAUUGGCGCACAACUAAUUUGAGUUUCCUAUUAAAUAAAUUAAGAAAAACCAUUCUUGUUAAAUAUUCAUUCUAGGCGAGUGACUGUAAUUUUGAAUUUCGUUUUUCACUGCAUUCUCAUGCUGUCUCCCUUUAGACAAAUUCAAGUUUAGUUUUUAAAAUCAAUCGCAAUUUAUAGGAGAAUCAAUAUUCUAAUAAUCAUCUGAGCGAUAUAUCGGCUUUUUCCUUCGUCACAGAGCGUCGGAGCCAAUAAUAUGUUUUGCUACUUUCUUCUUUCCACUUCACACGAUCUUCGUCGAAUCGACCUUUCUAAUUGCAACAAUUGAAAAUAAAUUUAAUUAUUUUUUAAUACAAAUUUGACACAAACAGAGCGCCUUUUUGUGUCUUUCAUUGGAUCUUCCAAGGUGCACUAUUCGGUGAUGCCCUUGUUAUACUAUUUGUAUGAUUAUCACCCUUGACGACAUCAAGCGAGCAUUUGUUGGUUUUGCCUUGGGUUUGCCCCUUCUGCCAGGACCGGGCGGAAUCCGGAAGGCUCUUGUUCCCUACGUUAGUUGCUCUUUGACUGUUGCCUAAUAAAUGCUGAUCUUUGUCGCUCCUGGCAACUAUGGGUGAUAGAAUUUUCUGUCUCUUCCUCACUCGUGCCGGGGCUACGCUAUGAGUGACAUCUAUAGUUGCCAGUGUUUGAGUGGAUAUGUCUCAGACUUUGCAUAGAUAUAUAGACUAUAAUAUAUUAACAGUAUGUAAGUCUCGCAUGUAUUGGAGUGUAAAUAAAUAUAUUUGAAUUAUAUAA